UCCGUCCAAGAAGAGGCACUUUUCAAUUUGCACCGACCGACCAACAACCAUGAAACUCUUCGUUGCCAUCGCUGCUGUUGUUGCCACCGUUUUCGCGCAAGACUUCAACUUCACCGACGUCUCGGAGAGCCAAGAACGGGGCGACGGCAUCCGUGUCGUUGGCGGAAAGGAGGCCCCCGUUGGGCAAUACACGUGGACCGUCAACCUCCGCAGGUCUGCCGGGGGGUCCUCGUCGUGCGGAGGAACUCUCAUCGCCCCCGACUACGUGUUGACUGCAGCCCAUUGCGUCGCGAACGGCAAGCCUGGCUUUGUCGCCGUUGGCACCCACUACAACAGCGGCACGUCGGACGGCGAGCAGAUCUCGGUGGUGUCCUCCACGUCGCACCCCAGCUACCGGGGCAUCCUCACUGGCUUCGACGUGGCCGUCCUCAAGCUGAGCCGGGCGUCCAAGUUUGCCCCCCUCCCGCUCGCCAAGGACGCAGUUGCUGCGCAGACGAGCGUCAAGCUGUUGGGGUGGGGUCAAACCAGCGGUCCUUCCGGCAACCCGUCGUCGGUGCUCAAGGAAAACACCUUCGUCGUCAAGUCCAACGCCGAGUGUCAAGCCAAGCUCCGCACGAGCAACAACUUUCGUGGCUGGACGGCCACGGCCACCCAUUUGUGUGCGGGGGGCGACGUGGGCCAAGCCGCUUGCUUUGGUGACUCGGGAGGACCGUUGAUCAAGUCCACGUCGGCGGGUUUGGCGUUGGUGGGGGAUGUCAGUUUCGGUGAACCAUGCGCCAAGGGAUUCCCCGACGUGUAUGGUCGCGUGGCGGCCUUCCGGGCGUUCAUUGACCAAGCGUCCAGAGGUCACACGUGGGUGUAAAUGUGCUUCGAUGGACUGUAGUGUAGAGAUCGCCCAGCGUCAGAAUGUGUGGAAAUAACGCAUGUGGCCUUUGGGU